AUGAUCCCUCACAAGCGCGGCGGCUCGUUCAAUCACUACGAUAAUGGGCGCCCCAAGAAGCACAGGCAGAACGACACGCGAAAUCCGAAUCUCGCACCAGCGAGCCACGCCGACCGCAAUCGCAAUGAAUACGGGAGCGGGCCGAAUCACGACGGCCUCUACGACAGAAAGUUUAAGAACAAGGACAAUCCCGUCUUGGAGCACAUCGAACGGUUGCCGGAUCCUGCAAAAUGCAAGCCGUGCAAACUUGCCGCGGCUGAGCUACGGUCGGGCAUAAUCGCGCUGCUGGACAAGUUUGCAGCAGAAGAACAGACACACGAUGGAGACAGAGACGUCCUGCACCAUGCUCAGGAGCUUCGCCGGCUGCUCUCGGCUCGCGCCAACAGGUCGCUCCCCUCACAGGCAAAGCAAGAGCUGGAUGUCAAACGCCCAGACAAGGGCACCAAUGUGUCUGUACCUGCUUAUAUCGAGCAGAAGAUGGAGAGGACAAAGCACUUGCCUCCGCUUCCGCCAAUCACAGAGCCCUCUCUUCGGGAAGCAGUCUUCACGCACAUCUCGCAUUAUAGCCAAAGCGAUAUUAGGGGCUUUACUAGCGACAAGAUAUCGUACGAGACUCUCGAGUUCCUCGGUGACGCUUACAUCGAGCUCAUCGCCUCUCGCCUCAUCUACAACCGAUUUCCGCACGUCGACGUCCCUCAGCAAUCUACUUUCCGGGAACUGCUCGUCAAGAACGAAACCCUGGGCGAAUUUUCCGCAGCCUACGGUCUGCCUGAUCGUCUCAAACAUGGAGGGCAUAUCGCGAAAUCAAAGGCCUGGACCAAAGUCAUCGCCGACGUUUUCGAAGCCUAUGUUGCCGCUGUUGUGCUAUCUGAUCCCGAGGACGGUUUCCAGACGGCCGAGAAAUGGCUUACCGAGCUUUGGGCACCACAGUUGCUGAGCUACAAAGAAGCAGUCCUCGACAACCCCAAGGCGAGAGACGACAUCCAACGCUUGGUUUCUGUCAGAGGUGUCAAGCUUGACUACCGCGAUGAGAGAGACAUGGAGAUGGUUGACGGUGUUCAGAAAUACUUCGUCGGACUAUAUAUGACUGGCUGGGGAUACCAUGACGAAUGGCUUGGUAGUGGAGAGGGGCGGAACAAAGCACAAGCCGGGGUGGCUGCAGCUACGCACGCCCUGCAGAGGAACAGCUCUGUCCUGCAGGCAGCGAGCAAGAAGAAGCAGGAGCUGAUUGAGCAGCGAAAUAAAGAAGAGGAAGUGCAGAAAGCAGGAGAGGGGAAGGGUGAGGGAGCGACCGAGUUGGGCACGAAAGCGGAUGAGAAUGACAAACAACCAAGCAAUGAAGCCAGCCCAUCAAAAGGGGAAUCGUCUGGUAACUCGUGGCUUGAGAAGGAAAAGAAGAAGAAGGAGAAAAAGGAAAAGAAAGCGAAGAAGCUUGCAAAGGCAUCUAACGGAAGCAGCUCUUAA